CUUGAUUCUCUCCUCCUCAGCAGCGUCUCUCCUACCAUCCACAGACCCCAUCCUCCACUACGUGAUCAUGUCUGUCAGAGCCCUGAAGACCACCACCUUGUCCACUGUGUCGUCCUCCAGGGGCCCCGCCCAGGGCUACAGCAGCCGCUCGUUCUCCGGCUACGGGGGCCCGGGCUCGGGCAGUGCCAGGCAGAGCUACGCUGUCCGCAGCUCCUACGGAGGAGUGGGCAGCAGUGGGGCUGCUGUGGGUGCUGGGGGCUUCAAGAUGGCCAGCGGGUUUGGGGGAUCGGGACACAGAGGAGGUGGCGUGGAGUUUGGCUAUGUGGGCUUUGGAGGAGGUGGUAAUGAAGUGCUGGCCCCCAUUACAGCUGUGACCGUCAACAAGAGCCUGCUCGCCCCCCUGAACCUGGAGAUCGACCCCACCAUCCAGACCAUCCGCCUCCAGGAGAAGGAGCAGAUUAAGACCCUCAACAACCGUUUUGCUUCCUUCAUCGACAAGGUGCGCUUCCUGGAGCAGCAGAAUAAGAUGCUGGAGACCAAGUGGAAGCUCCUGCAGGAACAGACCACGUCUCACUCCAACAUUGACUCCAUGUUCGAGGCCUACGUCGCCAGUCUGCGGAGGCGGCUCGACAACUUGGGGCACGAAAAAGUCAAGCUGGAGUCUGACCUGCACCACAUGACGGGCCUGGUGGAGGACUACAAAAACAAUAUGCAGAGAUGCAGAAGUCAGCAGGAAGAUAUGACGACGACCUAAAGUCAACCAGAGCUGAGAUUGCUGACAUGAACCGCAGGAUCAUGAGGCUUCAGUCUGAAAUUGAAAUGGUUAAAGUGCAGAGAAACAGCCUGGAGGCUCAGAUCGCAGAGGCCGAGGAGCGAGGAGAGCUGGCCGUGAAGGAUGCCAAGCUCCGCCUCCGAGACCUGGAGGAAGCUCUGCAGAGGGCCAAACAGGACAUGGCCCUGCAGGUCCGCCAGUACCAAGAACUGAUGAAUGUGAAGCUGGCUCUGGACAUUGAAAUCGCUACAUAUAAAAAACUUCUAGAGGGAGAGGAGAUCAGGUUAGCAACAGGAAUAAAGACCAACGUGACGAAGCAGACUUCUUUCAACUUUAAUGCCUUUGGCCUGGAGAGUUCCCGCAUCCCAUCUUACACCUCUGGUUCCAUCUCAGCUCUGGAAGGAGGGGCAGUGAAGAUCACCUCGGUCACCAAAAGUGAAACGAUGGUGAAGAAGGCCGAGGUGAAGGAGGAGGAGCAGCAGGAUGCACCGACUGAAGAGUCAUCUGCUGCAGAGAAGAAGGAGCAGGAGCAGGAAGAAGAGGAGGAGGGAGAAGCUGUGGCUGAAGAGUGAUGUCUCCUCUUCAUCUGGCCAACUCAUGAUUUUGAUCUUAAAGUUAAAAAAAACAUUGUCCCCUAAAAUACAGGUUUUGCAUUAAACUGGAAUCUCUAAUAAAAAGGUGCUUACGUUUCA